AUGAAGAAAUCGCAAUGCGGUGGAAACGUAUGGAACCGCAACCUCAUCAAGCUGGAGCUCGGCCUCAAAUUCCUCUUUGUUGUUCUCCUCUCCAUCUGCUUUUCUCCUUCAGUAUUUUCGUUUAGGAGAAACUAUAUUCCGACUGAAAACGACUUGAAGGUGAGAUGAUUUUCCGACAUCUGACUAUGAUGAUUUAAAUUGAAAAAUGUUCUAACGCAAUUUUCAGGAGGCGGUGCUACAUUCGAAAAGCUUUAUAACGACGGAAAAGAAGCCAUAUCUUUCUGGAUUGCGGGUGGAAAGCGACAAACCGUUCGGCGAGGAAUUCUUGGGCUACACGUAAGAAUUUAUUUAUUUUUUGCUGGGAAAAGAGCAUAGGUGCUCAGAUUUUGAUGAAACUUGUGGCACGUCUUUUGGCGUAUUUUGGCACGAAAAGUUUCAUAACUGUUUCUACCGUAGGGGGUAAUGUUUGAAAAAAAAUCAUUUUUUCCUCGCGAAACUAGCAAAGUUAUGGCCAAAAAUUGAAUAUCUCGGCUCUUUCUGCAGAAGUCGAGCUAAAACUUUCAGCAAUUGAUAUAUGACCUAUCUGUAACACGUAUAUGUAUACGAAAUUUGAAGAAACCCUGAACGGCUUUGAAGCCUUUCCUUGCAAGAUGAGCCCCUCUGUACCAAAGCGAAGCCCUUUAUAAGUAAAGAAUAAAUUUUCUGUUCCCUUUGCAGAGUUGCUGUACAUGCUUUCUGUUGUAUAUUACAACCCUACAUAUUCAUUUUCAGUCCACGUGGAGUGAGCAUUGUCUUUCCGAACACUCUUGUCCGAGUGGUGCUUUUUGGCUGGUGGAUGGAAGAGAUUGAUCUUGUUGGCUUCACAUCUGGCCCCGAUUGUAAUUCAGUCGUCGUCAACGUGACGCAAGCCGACUUCUUUGUCCAAACCGAGAAAAGAGUCAUUUUUCAAUACAACUUCCCGCCGCUGAAAGGCAAAGAAGAUGUUUACUGGUUCUGUUGGAAACAAAGAAAUCAUCAAAACGAGAAUGGGGAUGAAAUUAAACUGCCGUAUUUGUUGGUAAGCCAAAUUUUAACGGCCCGGUUACCGUAACUUUCCAGGUGAAUGACCUUCAAAGUGCGGUGUCGACCAGUUUGCCGGAGCGACAGUAUUACUUCCCACUCCCAAUUCAAAUCAGUAUUAUCAUCGUCUGUUUGGUGUUGUCGGCGCUCUUUUCGGGUCUAAACUUGGGCUUGAUGACUCUAACGCCUCAGGAAUUAAUGCUCAUCUCGAAAUCGGGUACGUCCAGAGUUUCUUUAAUCUACUGUAAUAUCCCUGUGUUGCUCGGCGAAAAACGCUGAUGCCGCAAACGCAAAUUUUUUCCUCAAGGAUGGUUCAUUUCUGAGCCCGCAAAGUAAUGAAAAAGUAAAUUUUCAAGAAAAACUGAAAGCGCCAUUUUGUAGAGGAGAAAAAUCUGUAUCGAAAAAAUGUAUUACCUUUGCCAAACAACAAACAAUCCUUGUAAAACAAAGCAAUGAAAAAACGAACGAACUUCCUGGACGACCCAAAACAUUUUCAGGUUCACCAAAAGAGCGAAAGUACGCCGAGGUCGUGUUGCCGAUCAGGAUGACUGGAACUCAACUACUUUGCUCAUUAUUAUUGGGAAAUGUCUGCGUCAACUCUGCCAUUUCAAUUUUAUUCGAAGAUAUUGCCAGUGGUUACUUGGCGCUGGCUAUCUCAUCCGCUGGAAUUGUAAUCUUCGGCGAAAUCGCGCCUCAGGCAAGGUUUUUUCCAAGAAUUUCAGAAAAAAGUUGCUGACAGAAAAAAAAUAUAUUUAUUUUGAACACUUUAGGCAGCUUGUGUAAAGAAAGGCCUUGAAGUUGGUGCUAGAACAAUCUAUCUUACCAAAUUUUUUAUGUGGUUGACUUUCCCGUUAGCAUAUCCAAUUGGAAAAAUUCUCGAUAAAAUUGCCGGAUUCGAAGUUGUUUCGUACGAUCGGAGAAGACUCAUGGAGAUGAUAAAGAUGACCACCAGAUACGAAGAGGGUCUCGACGAGGAGCUGAAGAUUGCCGUUGGUGCCAUGGAGAUCUCGGAUAAAACUGUUGGCGAAGUGAUGACGAGGAUUGAUGUGAGUUGAAUUUUUGUUUUUGGUAGAUAAGUUUUAGCGAUUCGAAAAAAUUCAAAAUUAGGGCAAAACCCAAUUUAUCACUCUGUCGGGAAAAUAAUAUGGGUUUGUCAAACCUUGUAAUCGUCGUCCAAAAUCGCUAUAAGCGGCUGGCAACUUGCGGCAAAGCAAGAAAUUUCUCCACAAAUCCACAAUAUUUUUCCGGCAGACCGAUAAGCCAUAUUAUGGAUGGUUCUGACCAAAAAGGUUAUUUUUUUAGUGUGAGUCGACUCAUGUCCAGAAAAGUGUAUAACUUUUUUUCGAGCUUCAUCAAUUUUGAGUUCGUAAUUUUUAUGGCACCAAUGUACACAAUAAGCUCUCAAAUUGACAAAUUAUUUUCAGGAUGUCUUUAUGCUCCCAGACACCACCGUCCUCAACACAAAAACCGUUACUGAAGUUAUUCGAAUGGGCUACAAUCGAAUUCCUGUCUAUAGUGGUGACCGAAACAAUGUCAGCGCCCUUCUUUUUGUCAAAGACUUGGCCCUGCUGAAUCCGGAUGACAGUUUUACCAUCAAAACAGUCUGCUCUUAUCAUGAGCAUGCGCUGAGAUUUGUCAUGGAAGACACGCCUUUGCGGGUGAUGCUGGAGGAGUUCAAAAAAGGCGAUUAUCAUUUGGCCAUGGUUCAGAGAGUGGUGCAGGUAAGUUGACAGCUGUUGCAGUAGCAAUACUAUAUAUGUGCAUUUUUCUCUUCAGAAUGACGGCCUUGACCCUAGCUACGAACUGGUUGGACUUGUAACACUUGAGGAUAUUGUUGAAGAAAUUUUACAAGCCGAGAUUGUCGACGAAACAGAUGUUAUCCUGGACAAUGUCAAUAAAACAAGAAGGAGAAGAGCAAUUGUAAGCAUGAGUAAAGCUUCGUUUUAUAUUUUAUCUGUUCCAGAUGCACACAAGUUUCUUCACUGACACAGACCCUGAAACUUGUAUAAUUUCGAUUCAAAUGCAAGUGGUCACAAUGCAAUGGCUCUCGACUAAUCACAAAGUAUUCAGUGAUUGUUUCAUUGAAAAGAAUAUUUUGGAGAGGGUUGUGCGACAGAAUGUUCAUAAGGUAAGUCAUCAAAGGUUAAAGUAUCGUCGAUUCGGUACAGGGGGGACUGAUAUGAUUGCGAAGCUCAAAUCUUUUGAUGAAAAUUGUCACUACUUUGAAUAUUUUUAGAUAUAUGUGUUUGAGACUUCAAGUUUGCGUUGCAAUUUUCUCUGCGACCGAGCUCCGCGUUUCGCGUACUCUCUCGGCCGCAAAGAUCGUUGAAUAUCUCAUCUGCCCCUGCAAAGCCCGAGAUAAGACUUUCAAGAAUUGAGAUAGGGUGCGUCAAUAAUACCUAGGCAGAUAUUUUUACUUGCCGUACGGGCUGUAACAGUACAAGAGCAAAGUGGGCAAUUGUGCAUGUGGGAUAUGCCCGAAUUAUAUGCGUAAUCUAAAGGAAAUCUUAGCGUCAAACUUGCUGUGCUCCUUAUGACACGGAGUAUCCUCUUGUAAAUGACUUGCUGACUCUUGCAGCUCUAUUUUUAAUUGUAUUGUAUUUUAAAAUACGAAGAAUUGAGUCAUCUCCUCCCCUUACAACUGCAAUUUCAGAUCGAACUGUUCCACGUGAAGGACGCAUCCAACACAAUUCCAUCCCACGCCCGUCUGUAUCACAACAAGACGCCUUCCGAUAAGUUUAUCCUGAUCCUGGAGGGACGUGCUACCGUAACCAUUGGAGAGACCAACAUGACCUUCCAAGCGGGGCCUUGGCAUUGCUUUGGAAAGGAGUUAUUGGACGUAAUCUUGGACGAUAUCAACAAAUCGAGGCUGGCAGAGGAGUGCCCAGCCAGUCCGAAGAUCUUAGCGGCCGAGACGAAACGACUAACUUUUGUUCCGGAUUACACAGUGGUCAUCAAGGAUCACUGCACUUAUUUGGAGAUCACUCCGGAGACAUAUUCGCUGGCGUUCAAGACAACGUUGAUUACGAGAAAUCGGGAUAAAUUUGAGGUGAGUUUUGAACUCAUGAGGAGUUUUUUUUUAUUUUUUUUUUACUUUUUACUUUCGAUUUUUUAGCAAAAGAACCCAAUCGAAGAACAGCCCGGGAAAGUUCACAAAACUACAUCGGAAGGCGAACUGAAGACUAAUAAUGCGUCUUUGCCAACCUCGCCUUCUUCGGCCCUUCGCAAAUGCCGCACCGGCGGAGGAAAGCCCGGUUUGCUGUCCGGGAAAAGUUUCGAUUUCUCUUAA